AUGAAAGGCACGUUCGUUAUAUUCGUCAAGACAGGAGUGUACGUGGAGCAGAUUCUGUUUGACAACCUAGGGAUUGUUCUGGUGGGAGAGGGAAUGGGCAGGACUAUCAUCACUAACAACAAAAAUGUGGUUGGCGGAUCCACCACCUUCAACUCUGCUACCAUUGGUAAGCAUUCCCCUUCCAUCUCUCUUCCUCUCUCCCAAUCUGGUGGGAUCGUUUUGGUGGGAGAGGGACUGGGCAGGACUAUCAUCACUAACAACAAGAAUGUGGUCGGCGGAUCCACCACCUUCAACUCUGCUACCAUUGCUUCUCUCCCUCUCUCAGCUUCUCUCCCUUUCUCCUUCUCUUCUCCUGUCAUCACUGGCAAGAAGAGUAUGGUUGGAAAAUCCACCACCUUCAACUCCACUAUCAUUGGCAAGCAAUCUCCCUCUCUCCCUCUCCAUUCCUCUCCUUUUCCUCUCUCCCUCCUUUCCCUCUCUCGCAAACUCUUCUCCUACUUCGCGCUCUAUCCCUCCUCUCUCCCCUUACAGCUCAUUCGCGCCAACAAAGGCAUGUUUAUGGCCCUCGGAAUAACAGUGCGCAACACGGCCGGGAGAGUGGGCCAGCAAGCAAUGGCUCUACGCUCCGAAGACAUUUCCGCAUUUUUCGAGUGCGAGUUUGACAGCAACCAGGACACGCUCUACCCUCACAGCGGGCGGCAGUAUUUCCGUGACUGCAAAGUGGGCGGCACUGUGGAUUUCAUCUUCGGGAAAGGAGCGGCCGUGUUCGACCGCCCGCAAAUCAGGCUUCAUAAGGACGAUCCGGUGAUCAUCACGGCGCCUCAGAACGACCCCACAUACCCGGAACCCAAGGGGAUCAUUAUCAGGAAUGCAGUUAUCAAUGCCGAUGCGGGGGUGGGGAAGGCUUACCUGGGUUGGCCGUGGACCAACACUGGCAAGGCCAUUUUCAUCAACUGCUUCUCCCAAGGAAAUCUAACUGAAAGCUACAGGUGGAUGACGUGGGACACUGACACCUUGAAGCUUCAAUCCCUCAUGCUCCCCCCCCCCCCAACCGUUCCCCCCUGCUCCCCUCCCCCCCCUCCGUUCCCUCCCCUUGCUCUUCCCCCCUGCUCUCCCUCCUUCCCUCCCUGCCAGGAAAUCUAA